ACUGGCUGCCUCGUCGAGAUGUUGGACACCGUGUGGCCGCCGCUGUUGCAGCUGCUAAUGCUGCUGAUGCUCCUGGGCCAGCAGCUUCACGCCUUCGACUACUGCGAUCCGACCUUGUGUCCCGGACCCGAGAAGCAUAUAGCCUGCAACAAUUUCGGGGAGCUGGGCGACACCUGCGGUCCGGAUGCCCAUGUGGUGCGGAUCACGACGGCCCGUCGCACCAUGAUCCUCAACGAGCUGAACGAGUACCGCGAUCGGAUUGCCAGGGGCGACCUGAUGGGCUUCAGUCCGGCCACCCGAAUGGCCACUUUGCAGUGGGAUCAGGAGCUGGCCAGUUUCGCCGAGCUCAAUGUGAAGCGGUGUGCCCUGGUCAACGACCAUUGCCGGAAUAGCGAGCAGUUCCGGAACGUGGCCCAGGUGGUGGCCGAGGGCGGUUGGCAGGGAGAUCCCCUGCCCCCCAGCUAUCCCCAAAAUGGUGGCCGGAGUCCGGAACCCCCAAUCCCCGUGGAGUACCACACCGAGGACGAGGUGAUCAAGGCCACGCUGGAGCAGAUGUUCGCCGAGUACAAGGAGUGCAGCAUGCGGGACAUCAUAGCCUUUAGUCCGCCCAGCAACAGCAAGUGCAUAGCCUACUUCACCCAGCUCGUCCGGGACAGCACAACCCAUGUGGGCUGCGGCAUCCUCCGGCAGACCAGGAACACCACCAACGAGGCCGGCCAGUGGCUGCCCAGCGUCCACCAGUACAUGACCUGCAACUUUGUCCGGGCGGACGAUGUGAACGCCCCCGUCUACCAGAGCGGCGAUCGCCCGGCCACCGAGUGCCGCAGCGGACGCAAUCCGGUCUUCAUCAACCUGUGCUCCGUCAACGAGAUCUACGACUCCUCCAACCUGCCGGGGCUCUUCUGAGCCGGCAAAUCCUGCAAUUCCAAAGUCAAUUACUACUACUAAUUUUAAUAAAACGGAAAGGAUUCAA